UCACUGCUGGGCGAGGGAAGAAGGCGCGGGGAAGGAAAGCCAGCCCCCCCAGACGCUGGGUGGGCUACGCCGCGGCUGGCGGACCUUCCUGGAUUGGAGAGGUGCGCGCCGUCUGCACCUCAUCCUGCGGCUGACAUCUGUCCAGGAGGUGGGAGCUGCAGCUUGAGUCUCUAGAACCACCACCUGCGAUUGCCCUUUGCCUCUGAGCUGUGCCAGUGCCCAGCGAGAGUAUUCCAGGACAAAGAGAUCUUCAAAAAUCAAAAUGAAGCUCACCUUUACACGUUGGGUUUUUGCCCUGUUCAUCUUUCUACAUCACCCAACCCCUGUUCUUCCUAACUAUUCAAAUACGACCUUUUCUCCAACCAUUGAGCCUGAACCAUUCCUGUACGUUCUGGGACGAAAGAAGAUGAUGGAUGCACAGUUCCAAUGCUAUGACCGAAUGGCGCAGUUACCCCCCUACCAAGGAGAAGGUCCAUACUGCAAUCGUACUUGGGAUGGAUGGACCUGCUGGGAUGACACCCCGGCUGGAGUGCUUUCCUACCAGUAUUGCCCUGAUUAUUUUCCAGACUUUGAUCCAACAGAAAGGGUUACUAAAUACUGUGAUGAAAAGGGGGUUUGGUAUAAACAUCCCGAGAACAAUGAAACUUGGUCCAACUAUACCAUGUGCAACGCUUUCACUCCGGAGAAACUGCAGGAUGCAUACAAUCUGUACUACUUGGCUAUUGUGGGUCAUUCUAUGUCGAUUUUCACCUUAGUGAUUUCUCUGGGGAUUUUCGUCUUUUUCAAGAACCUUGGCUGCCACAGGGUGACUCUGCACAAGAACAUGUUUCUGACCUAUAUUCUCAAUUCCAUGAUUAUCAUCAUCCACCUGGUUGAAGUUGUCCCCAAUGGAGAGCUUGUGCGAAGGGACCCGGUGAGCUGCAAGAUUUUGCAUUUCUUUCACCAGUACAUGAUGGCAUGCAAUUACUUCUGGAUGCUCUGCGAAGGGAUCUAUCUUCACACACUCAUCGUGGUGGCCGUGUUUACUGAUAAAAAUCAGUUGCGGUGGUAUUAUCUCUUGGGCUGGGGGUUUCCGUUGGUGCCAACCACUAUCCAUGCUGUGACUAGGGCGCUGUACUUCAAUGACAACUGCUGGCUGAGUGUGGAGACCCAUUUGCUUUACAUCAUCCACGGCCCUGUCAUGGCAGCAUUAGUGGUCAAUUUCUUCUUCUUGCUCAACAUUGUCCGGGUGCUUGUGAACAAAAUAAGAGAAAACCAACAUGCUGAAUCGCACAUGUACCUGAAGGCGGUGAGGGCCACUCUGAUCCUGGUGCCCCUGCUGGGGAUCCAGUUUGUUGUCUUUCCCUGGAGGCCUUCCAACAAGACACUUGCGAAAAUGUAUGAUUACCUGAUGCACUCUCUGAUCCAUUUCCAGGGAUUCUUUGUCUCGAUUAUCUACUGCUUAUGCAACAAUGAGGUGCAAACUACCCUGAAGCGUCAGUGGGCCCAACUCAAGACCCAGUGGAGUCUGCCCUGGAUGACCAGCAAUAACCGCCACGUCUCCAAUGCUAAUGCUGCUGCUGCUGCCGCUGCUGCCGCUGCUGCUGCUGUCGCCGCAGAUACUGCGGAGGGAGACAACCUUCCUGUUUACAUCUGCCACCAGGAGCCAAGGAAUGAGCCCACCAACAACCUUGGCAACGAGGGUGCUGAGGUCAUCGCUCUGGAAAUCGUUGAGCAAGAAUCAUCCGCUUGA